AUGGUCACGGCGACCCCCGACGACUACUGCUCAGCAUGCCACGACUUUGACCCCAGGGGCCGCUCCACCGACACUUUUGGCAUCCACGUUGUGGCCCUCGAGAAUCAGACGCCGGCCGAGUUGCAGCGUCGCCGCGAUGACUGCUACCGCUGCGCCGUGCUGCUCGUCGCCGCCUACAAGCUGGUCUUCGACUGGGACAAGAUGACAAUCUGGUUCGAGGACCAUCAGAACCCAAGUCUCUCACUCAUUGGCAAAGACGCCUGCUCCUUCGAGCUGUACACUACCGAGGCUGACAGCACAGUCAAGCACCUCCAUCCGCUCCUCAAGGUCCCAGCCACUCCCCGCUCAGAAGCUACCAUGGACUUCAUGGCCCGCCAGAUGAAAGACUGCCAGGACAAUAUCAAUCACGAGUCUAUGCCAAAAGAGGCUCAUCGGACUCACUGA